UUGGAAUCCUGCUAAAUGUCGUACUUACUCACGGAAAUCGCGCUGGAGAUGCUGGGCUACAAGUUCUACGACACCAAUGGCACAUUCCACCUCACCAACUUUCAAAACAACUCCACGCUCAGCGAAACGCAUCCCGAUGAGCCCUCGCUGCAGGAAUUCAUUGAGUAUACAAAUGAGGAGCCGAAGCAGGAGCCGCAACAGCAGGAACCGCACACGCAGGCUGUGCAGGAGGAGGCGUACCUGGAUGCCCCCACCAUACCCGAAUUACGCGUUGCACGGCGCACUCCGGCCAAGGCGCUGGCCAAGAUAAUGGACUACGAGAGCGAGAAGAUAGUCAACCAGAUCAACAGUCGUCUGGAGCGCUCAGUGUCACGUCGGGCGGCGGCUGACAGCCACGAGCAGCUGGCCGAGAUCAUCAACGAGGAGAGGAAGCUAAUUGAGGCGGAUGCCGAGGUAAUUCACGACUUUCGCGGGCUCGUGCAGAGCCGACUGCAGCGAUUGGACAAGCGGCUCUACGAAAAAUACGUACGCACCUUUGGGCCAGAAUAUUAAGCUGCCGUCAUUACUCUUAAAUUUAAUUUAGUUUAUAAGUUUAAUAAAUAAGUAACCGCUACAGGGUGCCUGCA